UACACUGUGUCAUAUCUGCAUUAUGGAGCAUUUCCUCUAACAAGAGCUAUCGUCGUCUUCAUCUUUUCGACAACAACCAGAGCUUUUGCAUGGAUACCUGAUUUAAAGCAUGGCUGUUUUUGAGAACUGCUCUGUGCUCCUGGAACUGAAAAAUGUGCCUUUCAAGGAGAAGAAGAAGCUGAAGGAAGCUUUAACUGACAAUGGAGGCAGCCUUUCCUUUGUGGUCAAUAAACAGUGCUCUCUGAUAGUGGUCAGUGAUGUGUCCACCCUGAGCACCAACAGACUGCGUAAUAUUCAGAAGUACCAAACACCUGUGGUGGGGUUGGAUUAUGUGUACAGCUGUGUGGAGAGAGGUGUGCUUCUUCCUGUGGACGAAUACAAGCUGGAUACUUCCCCUCCGCUUGCUUCUUCACCUCCUGUCCUUCUCUCCUCAGCAGGGAAAAGUUCACUCUCAAAAGUGCACAAAGGCCCGUUGAGCAAAGCACCCGCUGAGCCGUACAAAGGCCCCUCAAAGCCAGUGGAAUCUAUCAGCCUGACUCAGAAGGCAAAGACUCUGGAGGGGAGCAGAAAAGUCCUGGGAAAGUUCAGAAACUACACUGAAACAGACUCUGAUCUUCCAACCUUUCCUGAUAACUUUCAAGUGGCCAAGUAUUCAAUCUUUGAGAAGGUAAAUAGCAACACUUGGUGUGUGCUGGAGCUGCAGAGCUUCAAAGGACACAAAGGAUGGCAGUAUCGAGUGGUCCGAUACCGGAAAGAAGACGUACUGUCCAAGAAGGCGGCGGUGAUGGACAUGCAGGUGUUUCUGUCCACAUCAGAAGAAGCUCUGGAGGUGUACAAAGACCUGAGGGAGAACCUGCAGAAAACUGGCCUGCAGCUCCGGAGCAACUUUCUUCCACAGGUCCAGACCCUGGGCUCUGACCCCCUCCAGCAGCUGCUGCUGGAGGAGAAACUGCACACAGGAAGCUUAUCAAAAGAAGUGGGCGGGUUUGUGGAGCUGCUGUGGACUGAGGCCCUGGGAUGCCUCAGGAACAUCCUCAGAGUUUCCAUCGACAAGCUCAGCCUCAACGAUGUGAGCAGGGUGGAGGGCUUGUUGCUCCAGGCUCAGAGGAAGCUGAAGGAGAAAAAUGAAAAUGAAGUGGCGUCUCUCAUGGAAGAAGUUUACACCUUGCUGCCACACAAAGAACCUCCCUUACCUCCCACCGCAAAGCUGAUCUCUCAGAAACUGGACCUUUGUCAGGUAAUCCGGGAUGUGCUGAAUGUGAGUGAGAUCACUCUGAGCAGCCCCAUGUCUUCCUCUCUGGGGAAGUACCGAGCUCUGAGGUGCAGCAUUGAGACCGUGUCCCCCGGCAGUUCCGAGUUUCAGGCUGUGACCGCCCCACUUCAGGGCAGCAAAGUGCAGAUCCAUCAGGUGUUUCGUAUCAGCAGAGGGGUGGAGCUUCAAAUGUUUAAGAGUGAGCUGGGGAACAUAAAGCCCCUCCUCCAUUCCUCCAGCCCCAGCAACUUUGUAGGAGUCCUUUCUCGUGGUCUGUUGCUGCCUCGUGUGGGAGUGGAGCAUCAUGGGAUUGAGAGAACUGACAUUGGGAACCUGGGCAGUGGAAUCUACUUUAGUGAUGUCUUGAGCACCAGUUUGAAAUACUCAAAGCCCAGUGUGACGGACGGCUCCCGGCUGCUGCUGGUGAGCGAUGUGGCUUUGGGAAAGUGCCAGGACUUCUACAAGAGAGAUCACACAAUGACCGAGGCUCCAGUGGGACACGACAGUGUGCACGGUGUUCGCUGUACGCGCUCCAAUCGUUCUGAGUUUCAGGAUGAUGAGUAUGUGGUGUACAGUCCUGAUCAGGUGAAACUGAAGUAUGUGGUUAAGUUCAGCAUCGAGGGAGACCAACUGAAGGAGUUCAGUCCUGUCGUCAACACCUCGGCUGAGCUCUUGAUGUCCUCUACUAAGCAAGAGCUUGGUUCAGAGUUUGAAGGGGUUGAAAGUGUUAAAAACCCGCUGGAGGAUGUGACGGCUGGCCUGUUGGACAGCUCUGGUCAGCAGCUCCCUCUGCAGGCCGUCCAUGUGAAGUGCAAGCUGAUGGAUCUGCUCUCUCAGGUCAUCAUUUUCCAGAAAUACACCAAUCUGAGCUCCGUGCCCAUUGAGGCAAAGUACGUCUUCCCGUUGGAUGAUUCUGCAGCAGUAUGUGGAUUUGAAGCCUUCAUCAAUGGAAAACAUGUGAUCGGAAAGGUCAAGGAGAAAGAGAAGGCUCGCAAGGAGUACAAGCAGGCUAUUGAAAAAGGCCAUGGAGCGUACCUCAUGGACCAGGACGCCCCCGAUGUGUUCACCAUCAGUGUGGGAAAUCUGCCACCUGGUGCAACCGUCCUCAUUAAAGUUACCUUUGUGUCCGAGCUGAUAAUCAAGGAUGGCAGUAUUGUCUUCAGUCUGCCUGGCAGUGUGGCUCCGUGGCAGGAGAGUGCAGCACUCAACCAAACGACACAAGUCACUGUGGAGAAGGUCUGUGUGACUGACGAUGCAGCAAAUAAGAGAGAGUUCACCCUCGACAUGUCCAUAGAGAUGCCAAAUGAGAUCAAAAGACUAACGUGCCUCACUCACCAAAUCAAGAUUAAGAGAACAGACUGUAAAGCAGUAGUGAGCGUGCUGCCAGAUGAGGUCAUGAGUCCAGAGGGUUUCCAACUGCUGGUCACUCUGUCUGAGGUCCACCUGCCCAGGAUGUGGGUGGAGAAACACCCUGACGAGGACAGCCAGGCCUGCAUGCUGGUUUUCUAUCCGGACUUUGAUGUUGAAUCUUGUUCAGAAUCUGAUGAGGUCGUCCUGUUGAUCGACACGUCUGAGUCCAUGAAGGGAGAGUCUCUCCGCAUGGCUCAGAAAAUAGCCCUGCAGGCCCUUAAACAUCUCGACAACAAGCUCAGACUCAAUGUCAUUUUAUUUGGCACAGAUCACUCAGAAAUUUUCUUGACGCCACAGCCCCUUGUUAAAGCUCGUCCAGAAGCCAGGAGCUUCAUCAAGUGCUUCUCUCCAGUAGGGGGCAGCACUGAGCUGUGGCGACCCCUGCGAGCUCUCAGCUUGCUGCCUCCUUCACGCGGCGUCAGGAACCUGCUGCUGCUGUCGGACGGCCACAUCCAGAACGCAGAGGUCACCUUGAGGCUGCUCCGAGAAAACGCUCAGCACAGCCGCCUCUUCACCUGUGGCCUCAGCUCGACAGCCAAUCGACACAUGCUCAGAGCCCUGGCCCAGGCAGGGGGCGGAGCCUUCGAAUUCUUCGACACAAAAACCAAACACAACUGGGCAGAGAAGGUGGCGCGUCAGUUGAAGCGUAUGGCGUCUCCUGGCUGCAGCUCAGUGUCAGUGAAGUGGCAGCAGUUCAACCCAACAGCGACCUCUCCUCUGCAAGCCCCCAAACAGCUCCAAGCUCUGUUCAAUGACAGUCACACACUGGUGUACGGCUUUGUGCGGCACUGCACUCAGGCCACACUGCUCGGAAACAUAAGCGGUCAGGAGCUUAAAACCAUGGUGUCGACCACUGAGCUGCAGAAGACCAAGGGCACAUUUCUUCACAAGCUCGCAGCGAGAGCCGUCAUCAGGGAUUUUGAAGAUGGAAGCCUGGAUACCAAUGAAGCUGAACAUGAGGGAAAGAAAGCGGUGUUGAAGGACUUUGUUAUCGAAAUGAGCAAAGAGUUCUCCAUCCUGUCUCAGUUCACCAGCUUUGUGGCCAUCGAGGAAAGGGACUCCAAACAAGGCGAGGAGGGCGUCACAGACAUCCCCAAGCUGAUCGCAGAGGAAGAUGUGGACUUCCUGCCUUACGUCAGCUGGAUUUCUCCUCCGGGCAGUGUAGAGGAAGUGGGAGAUGAUUAUCUCUGCGCUGUUGACAGUUCUUCUGGGUCUGAACAUCUGUGUAUGGGCAUGGGCCUUUUCACUUCUUCUUCUGAAGGUCUUAACAAUCCGUCUUCUUCUUCUUCUGAAGAAGAAGAAGACGAAGAAGAACAAGAAGAACAAGAAGAAGAAAGAGGACAAGGAUACGGAUUGUCCAUACGUCAUAUGAUGACAGAAUGCUUAAUGGAAGCGACCGUCUCUCCAAAAUAUGAACCCACGAGUGCUGGUCAUAGAAUGGUAAAAGGGGCGAAGAGGGCUUCAGGAUGGAUGCGAAAGAAAGUGAAGGCCACGGCUCUUUCUGCCGUCUCCUCUUUUGCGCCUAAGGAAUGUGUUGAUAACCUUUUAAUGACCGACAAUUAUUCCACGUCAGCCGAAGAUUGUUCCAUGUUAUUCCCCCCACCUUAUUUGAGUCGUGAUCAGGCCAAAACACGUAGUCUUUCACCUCCUCCUCCUCCUCCUCCCGCUCCUGUUUCUGCCCCUGGUUUUGUUCCGUCCUUAUUUGGUCGGCCUCCUCUUCCUCCUCCUUCUGGUUUUGGGGCCUACAUACCGACAGGUUUCAAGCCGUGUUCAUCUGUUUCUGGAUCUUCGUUGUUUGGUCUUCAGGCCAAGUCAUUAGCUCCUCUUCCACCUCCAAGUUCCGUUGGCCAUCAGACCCAAUUAUUAAGUGGUCGUAUUCGCACCAUUCCUGAAAUGGCCCAAUCGUUUGUUGGUCCUCCUCCUCCACCUCCCUCUACUUCACACCAGGGCUUUUCAUUUGGUGGUCUUCAAUCCAACUUAUUUGGUGGCCCUUCUUCCCACACUUCUUUUCAGGCCAGAGCUUUUGGCCAAGGUCCUCCUCCUCCACCUCCCUCCACUUUACUUAAGGACAAAUCAUUUGGUGGUCCUCUUCCCCCUCCUCCUCCUCCCUCGACUAGACCUCAGGUCAAACAACGUGGUCGACUUGCUCGUGCUAAACCUCCGUUAAGUGAUUCGUGUGACUUAGCUUCUUUCGAUGAAAUGGAACUGUCCCUGCCUAAAGAAAGAGCAGAAACAUGGUCAUCCACAGACAUUCGUGGAACUGUGAUACCUGAGACGACAACAUUUAGCUUUGGGAGACGCAGCUUUAAAAAGAAGUCAGGUCAUAUUUCCUUUGGCUCUGAUGAGGCACCUUAUGAAAUAUCGUCACACAUAGGCUCUCUGCAUCCACAUGAAUCGAUUGAACAAGAUCAACAAGUACAAGUUAAAGAUAGCACUCCAGGUCCAGUUGAUGAACCAAGUUUUGCUAAUUAUCGUUCUCGAAUUUGGCAAUCUCGACGCAGUUGCAAAGGUAUGGUACCGGAGGAAGAAGUGUCCACGGCCAUGUCCAAGUCCAGUUCUUUGGACCGAAGUGAAGUUGCACUGGAGGAAGAACAGCCCAUUACAGAGAUUUGUAAUACAAUCGACAGAUCAUCUCACCGAUCACGAUCACGAAUGAUGCUUCGGCAAUUUGCGGUGACAACACCCGCCAUGAAAAAGGCAGACGAUCUCAGAGCCCUCAAACUCAGAUUGACAAAGAUCUUCCAGCUGCAGCAUUCGGAAGGCUACUGGGAGAUAACCUCAGAACUGGGAGAAUUAGUAAACGUGGAUGUGGACCAGUUUGCCAACGUGUUCCUGAAAAACAAGGGCAUCAACUCUCUAGGUGUUAAGGCUCGUGUCGACAUCCUGCGGCUGGUGAUGACUCUCCUGGUUCUGCAGCUGAUGAGGGUGGAGAAGCUGGAGGAAGGCAAACUGCUCCGCUCCCUCUUCUCCCUGGAUGACUCGUCUCAGCCCAGGCCUGAGCGCUGGGAGGAGGUGAAGAAGGCGGUGGACUGGGUUCGCUGGGCUGACCAGCAGUACCCAUGCAUCUACAGCCGACUGGAGUUCGGUUUAAGCUGGGAAUCCUCUACCCGUCAACUGCUGGGCUAUGAAGCCCUCCCUCCCUUCUCCGCCCUCAGUGGUCUGAACCUGCAGAAGACGGCUGUCCCUCUGCUGGUCCAAUGAGCAGGCCAACAUGAUCCAGGUGGAAAGAAGGGACAGAGAGUGAGAGAAAUCAAAUCAUCUUGCUUUUUUUCUGCUGGGGUUAGAUUACCUUUUAAAAUGUAUUUUUCCUAGAUAUACACCUUUCUUUUUUUUUUAGGCACUCGCUUGUACUUAAAUAACCAGACAUAGUCACCUGAACGCUACGGCACCAUUUACCAUUUUGUCAUUUGCAAACCAUAAUCAAAAUGCUUUUAACAGAAGAACCAGACCAAAUGAAGAAAACAUGCUAUACUAUAGUUUGUGAUUGUGCUCAGUUAGUAUGGAGCUAACAUAUAUUAUUAAAGCUACACUACAUCAGCUGAUGCAUGAUGUAAUAUCUAUCUUUUUUUUGUUAUGCAGUAAGUCCUGUUUGUGUAAUGCUAUGAGCAACAACUCUGCGCUAAUCAUUUUAACGACGUGUGAAUGAUCAAGCCUUUUGGAGUUAAUGAGUUUUAGUUUUGUUUACGUUUUUAAUAUGUACAGAAAUAUGUGAAACGUAAUGAUAUUCUACAUACAGUAAAAAACAACAAUCAAACCAAAGGCAGAAACUGAAAAUGUUAUAGCAGGAAAUAAUCAUGUUUGAGAAGAAAUUGUUUUGAUGUGUAUUUUGAUUUUAUAGUUUCGCCCAAAUCCCAUCUGUCAACAUGGAGGAGGCGGAGCUUAUGAGCUAUGCUUUAGUCUGUAUGGUGAGCUCCAAUUGUUUUGGCUUCACUUUUAGGGAGCUGUCGUCUCAUCCAUCCAAAAUAUUGUGUAAAAUAUUUGGAACUUACCUUGCCUUCAAUAAACAACUGCCUUCCAGCAACCUUAAUCAGUCGAGGAAAUAAGAAUGUAGUACACUAAGCAUUCGUGAUCAUCAGGACGAGAGGUUUAUCAUUUUUGAAUAUGCAAAAUCACUCCUUCACCCAGUUUUGCAUAAUGUAGAAAGAGGGCUUUAUAUGAUGUAUUUUAUUUUUCCUGGUAGUCAGUGUGGUUUCCAUCAAUGCAUUAAAGGAAGAAUGUGCAACAUGUUGCUGUUGGAGCUGUGUUUAGAUCAGGUUGCAUGGAAGGGACGGCCUGCUCCUCCCCUCAUGUAUAAAAGCGGUUUUAGUUUUUGUCCUUCGUUGGAACUCGAGUGGAGGAGUGUUGGAGGUGUGCCGUUGGAGGAGAGCGGAGGCUUCAGAAUAGCCGAGGUGUGGCCAAACAAGCAGUUUGUUAUGGUUUCAUGCUGGUUCUCUAGGGCGACAUCUACUGGAUCAAAAAGUUGCACAUUCUUCCUUUAAAUGAAUGAAUUACAAUAGUUAAUCACAAACAACAUAUUUGCACUAUUUGGUGUAAUCUUGUGUGACUUACUCCUUGUUAUGAUGUUAAAUGAUUGUUUACAUGGGCAGAAUUAAAGUCUUUUAAAAUGCUA